UGAAAAUAGUUGAAGAGAUGGAAAGAACGCAAAGAAGUCCAGUCAGGAGGGCCGAUGGUCCAAUUGAUAAAGCAAGAAGGGCGGGGUAGCGCGCGGAACAUGUCUGGGAUUCCUUCAAUAGAACUGAGACCCUGCGCCCAGUAGUUAGUUCAAUACAACUGAAGAAUCGUUCGGGAUGCUUCGCCGGCAAUCUCUCCACGCCGCUGUCUUACUCCUCCUCUGCCUCCUCCCCAUCUGCCACUGCCUUCGCCCUUUCCUGCUUGUCAUAACUAACGAAGAUUUCCAGGAUUCAGCCGCCUUAUCCAACGCGGGCGAAUCAGCGGACGCCGCCACUGACGACUCCGCGGACUGGGAGGAAUUCGGCGAUCCGGAAUCUAUCUCCGAGGAUGAUCACGACCCUGGAUCCUGGCGCCCCAUCUUUGAGCCAUCCUCCGCUUUCCCCUCUAAUUCCUCCGAUGACGCACAUUAUUCCCUCUAUUUCUCAGGCGUACGUGACAUGAUCUACGCCGCCUCAUCUGGGGAACCCUCUGCUAUGGACGCUGCUGCCUCUCAGAUUGAGGCCUCCGCCUCCGCCGGCUUCCCUCACGCACAAUCUACCAUCGCCUUCCUGUAUGGCACCGGUCUCCUCCGCCGCCAUAGCCGCGCCAAGUCAUUCCUCUACCACAGCUUCGCUGCUGAGGGUGGCAAUAUGCAGUCUAAGAUGGUCCUCGCUUAUACAUAUUAUCGUCAGGAUAUGUUUGAUAAAGCGGUUAAGCUCUACGCAGAGCUGGCGGAAGCUGCGGUGGCGAGCUUUCUUAUUUCGAAGGAUCCGCCAGUUAUCGAGCCUGUUCGGAUCCACAGUGGAACGGAGGAGAACAAGGAGGCGUUGAGGAAGUCUCGAGGAGAGGACGAUGAAGAUUUCCAGAUUACAGAGUACCAGGCGCAGAAGGGGAAUGCUGCUGCUAUGUAUCGGAUUGGACUGUUUUACUACUAUGGCCUAAGAGGGGUAAGGAGAGACCAUAACAAGGCAUUAUACUGGUUUUCAAAGGCUGUGGAGAAGGGGGAGCCAAGGGCGAUGGAACUACUUGGGGAGAUUUAUGCUAGAGGGGCUGGUGUGGAGAGGAACUAUUCCAAGGCUCUGGAGUGGCUGACGCUUGCUUCAAAGCAACAACACUACUCUGCUUACAAUGGGUUGGGAUAUCUUUAUGUCAAAGGUUAUGGAGUUGACAAGAAGAAUUUAACCAAGGCAAGAGAGUAUUUUGAGAAGGCUGCUGAAAACAAAGAGCCUGGGGGUCAUUAUAACCUUGGCGUGUUGUAUCUCAAAGGCAUUGGCAUGAAAAAGGAUGUUACACUAGCCUGCAAGUAUUUCCUCACAGCAGCUAAUGCUGGUCAGCCAAAGGCUCUUUAUCAAGUGGCAAAGUUGUUUCAAAAAGGCAUAGGUCUUAAGAAGAACCUUCUCAUGGCUACAUAUUUGUUCAAAAUGGUAGCAGAGAGGGGGCCUUGGAGUUCUCUGUCAAGGUGGGCUCUAGAAUCUUACUUGAAAGGAGAUGUAGGAAAGGCCCUCCUAUUAUACUCUAGAAUGGCUGAGCUCGGGUAUGAGGUGGCGCAGAGCAACGCAGCAUGGAUCCUUGAUAGAUAUGGCGAGCACAGUAUGUGCUUGGGAGAAUCUGGCUUUUGCACAGACUCAGAAAGGCACCUUCGGGCACAUUCUUUGUGGUGGCAGGCAUCAGAGCAGGGUAAUGAACAUGCUGCUUUGCUGAUUGGGGAUGCUUACUAUUAUGGAAGGGGUACUGAGAAAGAUUUUGAACGUGCUGCUGAAGCUUAUAUGCAUGCCCAAUCACAGUCUAAUGCUCAAGCAAUGUUUAACCUUGGAUAUAUGCAUGAGCAUGGUGAGGGACUUCCGCUUGAUCUACAUCUGGCAAAGAGAUACUACGAUCAGGCCGUACAAAAUGAUCCAGCAGCCAAUUUUCCUGUCAAACUGGCACUUUCGAGCUUGUGGAUCAGGAAAAAUUAUCCUGAUAGCUUUCUGAUUCAGGUGAUUGAUUCACUGCCUAAUGUUUUUCCAAGAAUAGAGGUUUGGGUGGAAGAGGUUCUCCUUGAUGAAGGAAACGCGACCAUACUGACCCUCUUUGUAUGCCUCCUUACUGUUCUCUAUCUCCGUGAACGCCAGCGACGAAACGUAGUGGCUCCUCCUCAGCAACCAGACGAUGCACCCAACUAGUCUUUGGGAAAUGGGCAUUUAUUGUACGUAAGUCGUAGCUUCUUCUCUUGUUUUGCAGAUAUAAUUAUUUUAAUACUGAGAAAAUUGUGAAUUUAUCAAUAUUUUGAUAGUUAAAUAGCUAGAUAAUGAAGAGCCUUAGAUCAAUUGUAAUAAAAAUCAUAGAAUGCAAAUAAGGUAGUUAAAGCCAUUGAGCAGAGU